AUGGCCUGCUACGACAUCUGCCGUCCCUGCGGACCCACCCCGCUGGCCAACAGCUGCAACGAGCCCUGUGCCCUGCAGUGCCAGGAUUCCCGUGUCAUCAUCGACCCUUCCCCUGUGCUGGUGACCCUGCCAGGACCCAUCAUGACCUCCUUCCCCCAGAACACCGCCGUCGGAUCCACCUCCUCGGCUGCUGUGGGCACUGAACUCAAUGCCCAGGGACAGCCCAUCUCGGGUGGAUUUGGUGGCUUUGGCUACGGCCUUGGCUAUGGCCGUGGGUUUGGCUAUGGCCUGGGAGGCCUGGGCUGCUACGGCAGAAGGGGCGGCUACAACUGCUGAGGGCCUUCAAAAGCAUCCAUGACUCCACCAGCUUGGGGUUCUGGCAAAAGCUCCUGCAAGCAAAGCACCUUGGAUGAUGCGUUUCAUACUUGCUCUUCACAAGGCAUCUCUUCAAUGUCUUUCUUCAGCCUUUUAAU